CACAUGUUUUUUAAUCAGGCUAAUUAAUAUAUCUAUCAUCUCACAUACUUAUCCCCUGUUUGUGGUAAGAACAUUUAAAAUCUACUCUUUUAGCAAUUUUGAAGUAUACAUGAACUACAGUCACCAUUCUGUGCAAUAGAUCACCAGAACCUAUCCCUCAUGUCUAACUACAACGUUAUAGACUUUGACCAGCAUCUCCCAUUUCCUUGUCCAACUCCCCACCACCCUAGACCCUGGUAACCACAUUCUAUUCCUUACUUCUUUGAGUUAGCCUUUUUGCAUUCCACAUAUAAUUUGCAGUAUUUGUCUUUCUGUGCCUGGCUUAUUUCACACCAUAAUAUUCAUGGUGUUAUAAAUGACAGAAUUUUCUGCUUUUUAAAGGCUAAGUAGUAUUCCUCUGUGUGUGUGUGUGUGUGUGUGUGUGUGUGUGUAAUCACAAUUUUAUUAAUUUAUACAUUGAUGGACACUUCUGUUGUUUCUCUAUUUUGGCUAUCAUGAAUAACACUGCAAUUUUGGAGAACUCAUCUUGUGGACAGUUUGUGUAUCUGCCAUGAACUCAAUGUCAGUGCAGUUUGUGUGAUACCCAAGGACACAUGAGAAGAGCAAUUAAGUAUUAAGGAAUAAGAUUUUGUUGGAUAGGAUUAAGCAUCGACAAACAAACCAUUGUAAUAGCUAAGAUAUUCCUACACUCCAAAAAGCAAUUGUCGCCUUUUACGGAAAAUAGCCACUUCAUUGAGCAUGCAGGCCUCAGUGUUUACUCUGAAGAGGUGAAUGAGUGGCCUUUCACACAAUAGAAGGCUUGGUAUGGGAGGGAGCUGCUUGCCUCCAUAUGCAAGUCACUCUCUGAACUUAAUAUGUUGGUUAUCAACACACUGUCCUUCACUUGGGGCUGUAUCCCUGAUACUGAGACAAUUUAAAAAAAAAUAUGACCCAAAUUCUAUUUUGCAUUUUCUCACUUAAUAAAAAUACAUUCAUAUAUUCAUUUAAAAUAUGUUUAUAUAGUGCCUCAUAUAUUGCAGGCCAUCCUCAUAUCCCGAUACGGAAGGAAAGUGCCAUUCUUCUAUUUGUGCACUGGUCCCUUUCCCUUCAUCUCACAUGGCACCCAGCACUGUAAUUUUUAUAUGACUGGUACCAUCACAUGAUGCUGAAAUUAAGCUAUCAUAUUGAGAUCCCACCUUAACCUACAACCAGACCCUCAGAGCAUCUUGAGUCAGACAGAGAACAUGAGAGGUGAUUCCAAGUUUCUUUCCAGGAACUUCAGAUGAAGAGUUCCAGGUGAACCAGCCUCAGACUUUAGUGUCAGUCAACCCUGGAGAUGUCCUAACUCUGGCCUGCAACAUGUCUGCUCUGUCCCCAUCAGGGCCUGUCUUGUGGUUCAAGAGCACUGGGCCAGAACAACAAUUAAUCUAUAGUUUCAAUGGAAGCCACUUCCCCAGAGUAACUCCAGUGGAAAACACAACAGUCGAUCAAACUGACUAUUCCAUUCGCAUCAGUGACGUGUUGCCGGAAGAUGCUGGCACCUACUACUGUGUGAAGUUAAGGAUAGGACACCCUGACAUGGAGUUUUUCUCUGGCCCAGGCACCAUCGUGUAUGUGAAUGGAGCCACACGUGUGUUCCAUGUGCAACAAGCUGAGAUAUCACAGACUGCAUUAACUGGGGAGUCAAUCACCUUGAGUUGCAGCGUACCAGAAACCUUACCAGAUGGACCUGUCUUGUGGUUCAAGGGAACAGGGCCAGACCGGAAAUUAAUCUACAAUUUCAAACAAGGUCACUUUCCCAGAGUAAACGAGAUUGGAGACACCACCAGGCCUGGCAACACAGACUUUUCCAUCCGCAUCCACGAAAUCUCUCUUGCAGAUGCUGGCACCUAUUACUGCGUGAAGUUCAUAAAAGGGAAACCUAUCAAGGAGUACCAAUCAGGUCAGGGAACUCAGGUGUUUGUUACUGGUGAGUAUGUCUCCUAUACCCCAUGCCCCCUGGUAUAUGAAAUCACCUCAGCAGUUAUGUCUUCUUUUCAUUCAAUAAUUGCUAUAUGCGAAAUAUUAUCGAAGAUACAACAUACAUUUGAUCUUUUUAAUUCUGUCAGCAAGCUAUGCAUUAGAUAUUUUACAGGAAGAAAAAACUGAAAAGGGUUGAGUGAUGAAAGCUAUUUUGGUUGAUUUCUCAAUAUUUAAUACACCCUCAAUGACUAACCUAAGCCAACUAGGAUAAUUCCAUGUCCCCUGCUAGAGGCUUACUCAAAUAUGGGGUGAACUUGGCCAGUCUGGGUCUAUAAGAGAAAAAGACAGGCUUGCAGAGAAAUCUGGGUAUCUAAAGUAAUUCUUCCCCUUGUUGGCUGGAAACAAGCAAUUGUGAAUCUCCAGGUGCUUUAGGCAGACAUCUUAAGACCAUGAGUGGAACCAAGACAAAAAAAAGUCUACAUGAGUGCAGAUAUGUAACAAGUGUGGGUUGACAAUAUGCACACCCAUACUGCUCCUCUUUCUAACCUCACCUCUGGACUUCCAAUAAUGUGAAAGAAAACAUCUCCUUGCUAAGCCAAUUUCCUUAAGUCAACAAUGUCCUAAGAGCUACCAGAAUGAUAAAGGUCACACAUUACACAAUGUGUUGAAUUGCAAGUACAAAUCAAUGUUUUCUGCAUCCAAAGCCUUUUUCUUGGUGUUCUGCUUCUUGUGGUGCCCUAAGAACUUUGAGCAAUGUCCAGCCUGAGAAAUUAUUAAAUUGGUGGUACAAUAAGGCUAACAUUUAUUGGGCAUCUACUACAUUCCAAACACUUUAUCAUCUAUACUAUCUACACAGCAGCAUUUGAAUUGCUGGAUGCUUGUACUCACUGUACAGAUGAGGAAACUAGUUCAGGGAGAUUCAGGAGUUGGAAAUCUACAUAGCAGGGAAUAGAGAGGUAAGGUUUGUCUGGGCCCAGUCCAGUAUGCUCUAUAUUAGUGAAGAACAUUUACUCACAAGAGAUAAGAUCAAAUGAAUUAAUUUAAACCAAAAAUAUGAGUUGAUUGAUUCUGUAGCUACAGAGGAUUCUGGAUUCCUCACAGUAGUCAAGGCAGAACUUUAGGAACCAGAGAUUAAAGAAUUGGAUUAGGGCUUAGUGUUACCAAGACUGUCACUCAUUGAAAUUCUCUCAACUCUACAUGGCUUUGUUCUUUCCUGCUGCAUAUAGACCUUCACUAUAUGGUAGGGAAGAUAAAUGCAGAAAGCGUUGAUAUUCAUUCCCCAUCUUAGCAACCAAGGUGGAAACGGAGCUUCUUCCUACCAACCUUCACAAAUGAAUUCUAGGGAACUAGCCACAUUAGCCUUUCCUAUUCCAUGUUCUCAACAUUUUAUUCAUUGUUGCUAGGAAGAGGAGGUGCUAUAGGAGAUAGCAAUCAACCCAUUGGAACAAAUGCUAAGCAGGUUGAAAACACCACACCCUACCUUAUCAGAUGAGGAGGUUGAGCCUCUGAGAGGUUAAUGGGCUUGUCUUCCAGGUUACAGACACUGGAACUCAGAGAGACUCUUCUCAGAAUUCUUUGGGUUUAUGAUUUUGCCUCUUUCUUAAUAAGAAGUCUCUAGUUAGAGUGGAGGUGUAGGAAUGCAUGACAGCUCUUUAGAGAGAGAAUACUGGGAGAAUACUGUGAAGGAGUUCGAUAUCCUUAUUAACAUUCAAAUGUUCUGAGUCAGAAAUGUACCAAAUUUAUGCCGUUUCUAAAUAAACAAUAAUAUAUACAUAAAUUUUUUAAAUACUGAGCUAUGUAUUAGUUUCUCAUAGUUUGUGUAACUAAUGGACACAAAUUUGCUGGCUUGAAACAACAGAAAUAGACCAUUAUGGGUGACAUAACAGCACAAGGAGUUCCAAGGAUCCACUCCAUGGAAACUGGCGAAAAUUAUUAAAAAAAAAUAUUUAGACUAUCUGGAAAGAGUAGUAAGGGCAUAUCAUAAAUGAAAAAGUAAUUUUUAAACUACUAAAACUGGGGGGAAAAGUAAAAGUCUGGUAUUUGAACCAAACCACCCCUUUUCCCUGUCCAAGGCUAUACCCCAUGGCAAAGAAGAGGAAUCAACUUCACCAAAAUAAUCCAUCCAGUCACUCAACAACUGAGCAAGAAGAUGACAAUAACAAGCCGUGGUGGUUGUAAGGGAGACCAAUAUCCAGAGUUUCUACAAUAUAUAUCCAGGGUUUCAAAAAAAAGUGAGACAUGCAAUAGAACAGAGAAGUAUGAUACAUAUACCAAAAACAAACCAAAACAAAAAGAUAUCAGAAACUACUUGUUAAGAACACCAGAUGUCAAACUUAACAGGCAAUGCCUUUGAUGUAACCAUCACAAAUAUGUUCAAAGAAACAUAAUUAAACAAACCAUGAUUAAAUAAGUACAUGAAAGUAAGAUGAUAAUGUUACAUCAAAUAGAGCAUAUCAAUAAAGAGAUACAAAUGAUUUAAAAGAACCAAAUGGAAAUUUUUUCACUCAUUAACAAUUGAAAGAAAAAUUGUCCUACAGAGAUUAACAGAAGAUUUUGAAGAAGAAGAUUUAGCAAAUUUAAAAAUAGAAUAAUAUAAAUUAGACAAUCUGAAGAACAGAGAAAAAUAAAAUGAAAAUAACAUUUAAAAAAUGAACAGAACCUCAGAGAAAUGUAGAUCAUCAUUAAGCAUACCACAUACAUGUAACAGGGGUAGCAGAAAGAGAGAAGAAAGAGAAAACAGCAGAAAAAUAUUCAAAGAAAGAAUAGCUGAAAACUUCCUAAGUUUGUUUGAGAAUAUAUGGGUACAAGGAGGGAAACAUUAAUACUGGGGCCUGUCAAGAGAUGGGGGGCUAAGGGAGGGACAGCAUUAGGAGAAAUACCUAAUGUAGAUGAUGAGUUGAUGGGUGCACCAAGCUACUGUAAAACAUGUAUAACUAUGCAACAAACUUGCACGUUCUGCACAUAUAUCCCAAAACUUAAAGUAUAAUUUGUAAAAAUUGCUUUUUAAAAUAAUUCCAUUUAUAUGACAUACCCAGAAUAGGCAAAUCUAUAGAGACAGAAAGUAGAUUAGAGACAGAACAUUUCUUAUGAUUUGGGGGAUGGAGGAAAGAUGGGGAAAAUGGAGGUUAUUAGAUGAAUGGCAUGGAGUGUGUUUUUGUUUUUUUUUUUUUUUUG